CAUUUUUCCUUGGGUGGUAUGUGUAUUUAGGGUUCCGGGUCAAACGAUCCUGUCUAUGGUUCAUUUCAUACUUCAGAAUGGACUCGAAAAUAUAAGUUGGAGAGACAGGAAAAAAAGAACCGCUUUAAUUUUAUUAUCCUUGACCAAAAUAUGUAUGAAUCAACAAUGCAAUCAAUUUUUGAUAGGAACAUCAUUUUGCUUUAUGCCAACGUUUGAGGAAGACUAUUGAACCUUGAGUAUUCAAAUACCUUAAACAUUAAUAUCCGAGCAUUUAAUUGAGCGAAGUGUUAGGUUUGUUGUAUUCGACCUCAAGGCCCGAUAUGUACAAAAAAAUCGACUAAGUAAUCUGUAGAACAUUUAAUCAGUUUCCUAAUUGAGUAUUGCUGCACUUUGAACAAACACUUGAAGCAAAUAAAUAUAAGUUUAACAUGCAGGAAGGUUUUGUUAAAAUAAAUAAUAUUCCUACCAAAGUUACAACGUUUGGAAGAUGGAUAACAGAAAAGCCGAAAAAACAAAGGGAAAAACUCAUAUUAAUCAUACCAGGCAACCCUGGUAUAACUGGAUUCUACAAAAAUUUUAUGGAGAUUUUACAUCGGAAGCAUGAAUGUCCCGUCUGGGCCAUAGGGUACAGUGGACAUGAAGAAUACAGGCAAAAAAGUAUUAACACAGAGUUUCCUGGUCUCAUAGGAUUAAGACAGCAAAUAGAACAAAAAUAUUCCUUCAUAAAAGAAUACGUACCUGAAGAUUCAGAACUUCAUGUGAUUGGCCAUUCAAUUGGAAGUUAUAUGACAUUAGAGUUAUUGAAGGAGCCUGAUAUUGAAAAAAGGAUAUUUAAAACGUAUUUAUUGUUUCCCACAAUCGAGGGAAUGAUUCAAACUCCAAAUGGCAGGUUUCUGUAUAGAUUUGUGAGGCCAAUAUUACGAAUUGUGUAUUUCCUAUCCUGGUUUUUUUCAAUCUUACCAAGAACCAUCUCGUUGAGUUUAUUGAGCAUAUACAUGUUCUUAACAGAUAUGCCCUUUUCUCAUAGAGAAACAAUAUACUACCUCAUAAAUGCUAAUGUGCUACGACAGGUGUUUUCCCUUGCUUUUGAAGAAUUGGAGCAAGUGAAAGAAAGAGACGACGAAAAUUUGAAAAAGAACAGUCACAGAGUUCAUAUUUUAUAUAGUGAAACUGACGGAUGGUGUUUACCUGAGUUUUAUACAAAAAUAAAAAAAGAUUUUCCAGAUAUACAGGCAAGAACAUCAAGGUUCAAUCAUGCUUUUAUUUUUAACGAAAACCAGGAUGUGGCCGAAGUUGUCAGUAAAUGGAUUACUGAUGAUAAGAAUUGAAUCAUGUGAUGUAAUAGGUACAUUGGAAAUUUUAACACUUGAUAUUUUAUUUUUUUCAUAUGUUGUAAUUAGUAUCUUUAUUGGUGUUGGUUUGUUUCCAGAAUAAUUUUGAGUAAAUUAAUCUGUUUCGAGUUAUCCAUUUCAAACUGAAUAAAAUUUAGAAAUUUAAA